AUGGAUCCAGAGCUUUAUCAAACCUGGAGUAAUUAUGAGACUAAUUGGGAAGAUAGAUCAAAUUGUUGUUGUAAUGUCGCUUAUUUCCCAGAUGGUGACUUUACAAUUGUUCAACAUUUCAUUAAAAAUAUAACAAAGCCGAUUUUAGUGACUUUAGUGUCUAUAUUAACAUUUAUUAACUUAGCCUAUGAUAUUUACUUCUCCACUAAAUCAUUAAAGCAACUUAUUAUAUUAGAAAUCGUUUCAUUAAUCAUUUAUCUCUGUUUCUUCUUUUCAUAUUGGAUCUUAAUAGUUCGUGGCCCAGGAUAUAUUCCGUACAAUUGGAGCGUUCGCAAAUUAAAGUCUUAUCCAUGGAGAUUGAUGAUGAAUUCGAUUGCUAUUUACAGCCAGCAAGAACAUUUCGCGAGAAUGAGUGAUAGACCUUACAGAGCAUCGUUUUCAGUGACAGCUCGCAGAUUUGUACUUCGCGCUGACCACAUUUGUUUAUGGACUAACUCAUGGGUUGGUUUAAACAAUCAGCGCUACUUUAUUUUACUUACAUUUUGGGUAGUUAUAUACGGACUUUGCUGGUUCUUGCUCAGAUGGAACUGGUAUUUCGUAAUUUUCAGACCAUUUAAAUUCCAUCAAGUAUUUGCACUAGUCAUUGCUCCGUUCUUCCUCUACAUGAUGGGUUUUGCUCUCCAUCACUUCCGACAUGCAUUUAUUAAUGCUAUUCACAACAAAACAAUUAUAGAAAAACAUAACAAGAGAAAUACAGAUGAUUUCAACCGUGGAUGCCUCAAUAACUUUGAGGAAAUAUGCGGUUCGAAAUAUCUAAUGUUCCUUUGGCCAAUUCCUUGUGUAUGUUUGCAACCAAAAGGUGAUGGUCUUUACCAACAAACUAUUUAA